UUUCGUUUCAGCUAAUCAACAGCGACUUAUCAAUCGCUGGACCGCUUCACUCACCGAUGUGGUUAGCGCGUUCAGUUCGACGAAUAUUUGUUUGUUUGCGACGUAUUAAAAAAAAACUCGACUCGAGUUGAUAAUAAAAUAUUGUAUUAGCUGUGGACCCCCUCGCCCAGGAUAAAUGAGCAUGGUCACGAGUGAGUACAAACUGAACCAGGGCCCAGAAGAUGGAAUCACCGCGGUCAAGUUCAGCCCCAGCACCGCCCACUUCCUGCUGGUGUCCUCCUGGGACUGCACCGUCCGCCUCUACGACGUGGUGGCCAACACCAUGCGCAUGAAGUAUCAACACUCGGCUCCCGUUCUGGAUUGUGCUUUUUAUGACCCGACACAUGCAUGGAGUGGAGAUCUGGAUACAAAUUUGAAAAUGCAUGACUUGAACACGGAUCAAGACACCAUAGUGGGAAAGCACGACUCCGCCAUCCGUUGUGUAGAACACUGUCCGGAGGUGAACGUCAUGGUGACGGGGAGCUGGGACAGGUCAGUCCGACUCUGGGAUCCCAGGGCGCCCUGCAACGCCGGCACCUUCACGCAACCAGAUAGGGUGUACACCAUGUCUGUAGCGGGCGACCGGCUGAUUGUCGGCACGGCGGGGAGACGUGUGCUGGUUUGGGAUCUGAGAAACAUGGGCUAUGUCCAGCAGAGGCGUGAGUCCAGUCUCAAGUUUCAGACCCGCUGCAUACGAGCCUUCCCCAACAAGCAGGGCUACGUCUUGAGCUCCAUCGAGGGCCGCGUGGCCGUGGAGUACCUGGACCCGAGUGUGGAGGUCCAAAAGAAGAAGUACGCCUUCAAGUGCCACCGGCUGAAGGACGUCGUCGAGCAAGUCUACCCCGUCAACGCCAUCUCCUUUCACAGCGUGCACAACACCUUUGCAACGGGCGGCUCUGACGGCUUUGUUAACAUUUGGGACCCGUUCAACAAGAAGCGCCUGUGCCAGUUCCACCGCUAUCCGACCAGCAUCGCGUCUUUGGCCUUCAACAGCGACGGCGGCCUGAUCGCCAUCGCCGCUUCCUACAUGCACGAGAUGGGCGACAUCAGCCACCCGGAAGACGCCGUCUACAUCCGCCAGGUCACCGACGCCGAGACCAAGCCCAAGUGAGUCCUUGCCACCUGUUUGGCGACGCUCCUCUCUGCCGUCAUAUGUCCGGGAUGACAAACGGCUGGAAAUUGUUCAGCCGUAUGACUACGGUCACCGGCCGCGCACAAACCCCCUCCCGUCGAUUUUAACUUUGUUCGCUCGCCUCCGCGUUUCAAAGCCUUUGCCCACCGGCAUCCAGUCUCACUUUUAUUCCACAUCUUUGUAUUUGUGUCGCGCGGUUGUGAGACUACCGCUACCUCCUAUUGUGAUCUUCUGUUGUUUGUUCAACUGUCGUCAUCUCUUCAUUAAAAACAUUUUGAAUAAGU